GCGCCACGCUGGCUGCGCGCUGCGCCAUCUGCGUACCGAGCUCGAGCAACACAUGAUCACGCUUUUGCUCGUAGGCUCGUAGUUACUGCGGUGCACGGUGCUACAGUGCUUGGAAGUUUAAUUUUAGAAUAAUUUCCCUUUCAAUUACCCCGUAGACGAGCACGUCAUCAGUUCAGCUGGAUGAACUUGAAAAGUGCCCGGCGGUGGGAAAAAGUGAAAGCUCUCAAAUGCCUGUUCUGCUACUACAAUCGUGACCGUGUGGUGUGUUUACAUCUUGUGUUUACAUAAGUCUUCCUUCGCCAACGAACACACUAUCGGCUCUCUGCCGCGGGUACAGCCUGGAACUGUUGUGUACUGUGCUAGCGAAAAGAUAAUCGUAAUGUCUCCAAAAUCCAGGAAGAUAGCGAUUAUGGGCUAUCGGUCUGUAGGAAAAUCUUCACUUACAAUCCAAUUUGUGGAAAAUCACUUUGUGGACUCCUACGACCCAACAAUAGAGAACACAUUUCAUAAGACCGUUAAGUUAAGGGGACAAGAAUACCACCUGAUGCUUGUAGACACAGCAGGUCAGGAUGAAUAUUCCAUCUUCCCACUGUCGUACACAAUGGACAUCCACGGCUACGUCUUGGUCUACGCCAUCGACUCUACGAAGAGCUUCGAAGUCGUGAAGGCACUGUACGAGAAGUUACUCGACAUGACCGGAAAAGUGCAUGUUCCUAUUGUACUCGUGGGCAAUAAAGUCGACCUGAGAGUUGAAAGGGUGGUAAGCUAUGAGGAAGGAAAGCAAGCAGCAGAGUACAUGAAAGCCGCAUUCCUCGAGGCAUCAGCAAAGCAGUACCAGAGCGUCUCCGAAAUAUUCAGCGCAAUGGUUCAGCAAGUGGACAAGGCAGAUGGGAAUGUUCCCGAGAACAAGUCGUGUGUGGUAUCGUGACUGGCUCGUGUACUUCUUCUCGGAUCCAGUUGUACUAUACAAGUGCUUUACAUUUACGUAUUCUGUUCAGCGUGAAAUGUCUCUUAUUAAAGCGUUUAUCGUCUUUCCUUGCUGGA